UGUGUGUGUGUGUGUGUGUGAGAGCGAGAGCGAGACCAAAACACACACAGUAAUAGACGGAAGGGCAGGGCGAGACUAGAAAGAAAGAGAGAAAAAGAGAGGGGUAGGGAACGACAUGAACUGAGGGAGUAGAAGAGUCUUGGGUUACAGGAGCGUUAAGGUGGUUGGGUUUGUUGGCGAGGAUCAUAGCUGGGGAUCUAUUUUUCCUCCCUGCCGUGGACCCGAGGAGAGGUAGGAGCCGGUGGGACAGGGGCGUGGGGUAGCAUGGGACAGAGUGCCAGCAAUGCUGAGACAGUGCCCCAGCAACACCAACAGCAACCUGCUCAACACAACACUGAUGAUGAGGUGGACUUGCAGCAGAGUACAACAGGGAGUGAGGGAGGGAACUCAUCAGGCGGAACCCCUCCCUCCAAACGCAAGGGCAAGUUCUCCAGCUUUGGUAAUAUGUUCAAGCCCUGGAAGUGGAGGAAGAAGAAGAGCAGUGAGACGUUUAUCGAAACCUCAAUAGUGUUGGAGAGGAAGAUCUCAGUAAGGAGACCUCGUCAGGAGCUGAUCGACAGAGGAGUGCUGAAAGAACUCCCAGAGAAUGAGGGCAACAAUGUGAACCAUUCCAAAGAUUCGGUGUUGAAGAAUGGCCAGCCAGUGCCCACGGAUGUUGACCGGGUCUCAGAGUCAGGGGUCAGGGUGUCCCGGGGGGAGGCAGGCCCAGGGCUCAACCCCACCUGGCUGCCCCAGGGAGAGGACCCACGCCGGGGCAGCGUCCCUUCAGAUGACCCCCGGAGCAGGAGCAGGGUGCCCUCUGACGCCUCGCGCUCCAACCGAGCCCCACUGGAUGUAGACUCACACGCCAGGCUAUCGGCCAUAGAUCUGGAGAGACGGAGCAGACUGCCGUCUGACGUGUCAGAGAGGAGAGGAGGGUCACUACCGAGAGGACCUGCUCCAGAGGAGGGGAGGCACCGGAGAGAGGAGAGGAGAGACGGGAAAGAGAGAGAGGAUCGAGAGAGGAGGGAUGACAGGAGAGACGAGAAGAGAGAGGAUCGAGAGAGGAGGGAUGACAGGAGAGACGAGAAGAGAGAGGAUCGAGAGAGGAGAGAUGACCGGGAAAGAAAAGAUGACCGGUACAAGAGAAUCGAUCGUGAAAAGCCAGACGAAACGAGAGAUGAUCGUGAUCGCAGAGACGAUGGGGAAAAGAGGGGGGAAGAGAGGGAUCGGAGAAGGAGUCCUCCUAGGGCUGGGAAACCAGAGCCCCUCUUGAAACCUAUAGAAGAGGGUCGUCCUGUGGUCAGACCCCACUCUGAGAUGGAGCUAAGGCAGAGUCUCCAGAAGACCUCCUCAGAGGACCUCCGUAGCAGGGUCCGCCCUGCCUCCGAGUCUUACAGCGGGAGCACCCUGCCCAGGUACAUGCCAUCUGAGGAGACCAAAGGAGGGGAGACCCGCGGACGAGCAGAGUCCACUGGUGUCCGCUUCGCCCCUAGCCACACCCCAGACCCUGACUCCACCCGUGACUCCUCCUCCUCCCGGAGAGAGCCGCCUCCUACCAAACAGGCCAUGCUUCCUCCUAAGAGCCACCCCACUAUCACCUCCUCCACGGAACCUGGCCAGACCUCCACUCCACACUCCUCCUCCUUUAUCUCCUCUACCUCCCCUACUAUAGCGGUGGCCAAGCCACCCAGGACUGUCUCCCUGGUCAUCAGUGAUGACCCUCCUCCCACGCACUCCAACCCCGUCCCCCCUGCACGGUCCAGCCAGGUACCCCCCUCCUCCACCACGGGGGAAUCGGCUGCUCCUCCCCAUGUACCCCCCCAUGCCAAGCAGCCACCUGUACCCCCACCCAAACCCACCAACCGCAACAGCAACCCCACUCUGCUUGUGUCCACAUUGAACAGGGCCUCCAGGGUCCACGGUCCCCCUCCUCCUCACUACUGGACUAGCUGGAGAAUGCAGGGGGAGCUGGGCCUCUACCUUUCCCUGCCCACCUACCUCCACCGCCGACAGGCUGAACAAGCCUGCUCAGCGGAACUCUCUCAGGCUGGCAGUGGUGUCAUCGUUGUUCCUGCCCCCACCAGGCGCUCUCCUCCCACUCCGCCCAAGAGGAUGACCCCCGUCACCAAGCACCACUCUGGCGACCCGUCCCCUGAGCCAGAGACCACCGGCCCCUCUGGUUUUGUCCCAGUCCCCAUACCUACUGUCCCCGUACCCCCCAGCACAGACCGAGACGACACCAGGGACACCCUCAGGGCAGUAGGGUUCCAACUACCCACCUCUGACCCUGCACCAGCACCCCGACCUCUGUCCCAUAUACCCACGUCCACUCCCAGGUCCCACCCCCACUUACCGCUCCCCAACCCUGCCUCCACCCCCCUCCCAGUCCCCCUCCCCAUCCCUCAGAAGGACCCUCCCAGCCCCACCACAGAGCCGCCCAGCCACCCCCCAGCCUCAGUCCCAGCCAUCCCCCUUCACAUCCUGAUCCAGCGGGCCCUGUGCUCCCCCAGCCCGGCCCAGGCUAACCCAGACGGAUCCCAGAGAGCCCAUUCCAUGCUGUUUGAGUCCCCUCCAGAGUUCCUCACUGAGGCUGGAGGCCGACACUCCCUACCCGUCACCAUAGAACCCCUCAGACUACCUGAUGACGAUGACUUUGACAUGGAGGAGGAGUUGGAGAAGCUUCACCCCAGGCGGAUGCUGCCCCCCCAGCCCCCCAGGCAGCCUGAGCUGGAGCCCAGGAGCAGGAGGGGUCUGGUGGUUGACCCCAGGGUCAGUGUGAUCCCAGAGGGCCGGGGGCCCGGAGACAGCAGUGAGGAGGAUGAGGAUGAGGAGACGGACUCUGAUGGACCCAUCCUCUACAGAGACGACGAUGAAGACGAGGACGACAAUCCACCAAGUGCCUUGGCCAGCCGUGUGACCAGGAAGGACACCCUGGCCCUGAAGCUGGAGAGACAGCAGGAGAGAGAGGAGCAGGAGGGAGGAGAGGGACAGGACGGAGUCGGCUGGCAGAGCAAGGAGCAGUGGGAGACACUCAAGAACAAGAUCGGUACCACGCUCAACAGGAGGUUGAGUCAGAGACCCACAGCAGAGGAGUUGGAGCAGAGAAACAUCCUUCCAGCCAGGAACGAAGCUGAUAUCAGGGCAGAGAGGAGCGAGAUCAAACGCAGACUCACCAGAAAGCUGUCCCAGAGGCCCACCAUAGCAGAGCUUCAGGCCAGGAAGAUCCUGCGUUUCCAUGAGUACGUAGAGUGUACCACGACUCAAGACUACGACCGCCGUGCAGACAAACCCUGGACCAAGCUCACUCCCUCCGACAAGGCUGCCAUCCGCAAGGAACUGAACGAGUUCAAGAGCUCUGAGAUGGAGGUUCACGAAGAGAGCAGGAUCUAUACCAGAUUCCAUCGGCCUUAGCUGUUCUCCUUGGCCUGGCUGCAGAACAAGCACUUAAAUGCAAUACUGAGCCAGGGGGUUGCAGGACUUCAAUACGGAGCACACAGACCCCUGUUGACUGCAAUAUCCACAGCCCCCUGUCCUGGAACAAGCCUGUUCCUCCCCUGUAAGGCAUACUAUUGAUGGCUGCAUCUGAAACUAUGGACUAGAGGAAUGGGCUGUCUGUAACCAUGGACUAUGGAUCUAUGGAUGUGGCCCCCCAGUCCAUCCAGUCAUUGUUAAAACCACAGACUAGAACUGUGGCCUAUAGAUAAACCACUCGCAUCUAAAACCAUGGACUAGGGAUUUGGCCUCUCGGUCAAAACACUUACUGUUAAAACCAUGGACUAGAGUUGACGCCCAUCGGUCCAACCCCUCGCAUAUGAAACCAUGGGACUACUGGUACUACUGUACUCCAACGUUUAUCUGCCUGACAAGACGACCCACAGGGGGAGCAGGAGAAGAAGAACAACUAGCUGGAGGAGGUGGAGUGGUUUAGGCUUAUUUCAGCUAACAUUUUGUAGGUUUCCUGUGCCAACACUGUGACUAUUACAAUAGGAAGGACAAGAGGGACAGAUGGAGAUUGUGACAGAGAAUGUCCUGUUUUGUUCCUCACAUCACCUCCAUUCUCUCUGUCGUUUCCUAAGGCAAGAAUGUUCCCAAGAGGCCUUUACUGUACCUGCUUUUUAGAGUUCCCUCAACACUUUGCCUAUUUUUGAGAACAGGAAAGAAUUGUAUACGUAUUGAUUGUUGAUCAUGAUGAUGGUCAACAUUAGUACACGGUGGUACUAAUGAUUUAAUGUUCAACUAAAUGUGAUACAGAACUUUGUUAGACUACAUGACACUGGUGAAACCCUCCAGUGUGUGUGUGUGUGUAUGGGUACCCACUGGUACCGGCCUUAUCUCUGAUGGAACAAUACAUGGAUUGGUACGGAAACUGUACGGAGGAAAUGUGAAAUGGCUAUAGCUAGCCUACAUAUCGGUGACGGGUUUAGUUUUCCAACCACAAGACAUUAGUUAAAGUGAAACUCAAAUGUAGCUUCUACUAGUCAGCUAUCUAGCUGUGUUACAUAGACCUUAUUCAACAUUGCUCCAUUUUCCCCAUACUCAAUGAUGUGCAUUUUUACUGUAUUCUGUUGAUUAUGUAAGUGGUUUUGUGACAGCCCAUAAUAUAAGCUGACUAAUCAUUUGUUCAGCGUAGUAAUAAGGAACCAUAUUGUUUAAAAUUGACAUUUAAAGUAAAAAAAGAAAAUACAAUUUGAAACGUUAGAAAUAAUUUAAUAGGACACAACUUAAAGCUUACAUACACUAUAAUUAUUGAAUGGUUGGUGUUGAAAGACUGCGGCAGGAACAUGGAUAUAUUUUUACUUCACAAAUUGUUUUAUUAUGUUACUUUGUGUAUGUAGGCCAGUGGUUGGCCUCAGCUGUAUAGACUUAUCCUGUAGAUUGAUUUAAUUGACUUUAUAUUAUAUAUGUCUUCCUAAUAUUAACAAAAAAUUGUUUUAAAUGUAAUUAAAGUAUUACAACAGUGCUAUUUUCUAAUAAUGAUCUAAAAAUGUUACAGAAAGAGGGUUACCUUAUUUUACAGAUGUUUUGAGAUCUUUAAAAUUACUUGCAAACCUACUGUAUAAAUGAAUGGUCAACUCGCACUCAAAUUUAAAUAAAUGGUUUAUCAUAAA